AUGGAGACAGUGUUAACCAAAUCAGAAUAUGCAAGCAUCAUAUGGAGUUUGAGAUAUGCUCUUGAUUGCACUAGGUCAGAUAUAGCUUAUGUUGUAGGAUUAUUAUGUAGGCUUACUAGCAGACCUAGUUUAAAACACUGGAACGCAAUCAAAAGAGUCAUGAGAUACCUUAAGAAAACCCAGAAACUAGGAUUACAUUACCAAAAGUUUCCUGUUGUCCUAGAAGGUUACAUCGAUGUUGGUUGGAACUCCCUCUUGGAUUAUGCAAAGGCUACAAGUGGUUAUAUCUUCAAUAUAGUAGGAGGGGAUGUUGCAUGGAAAUCCAAGAAACAGACUAUUUAG